UGAACCCGAGUUGAUCGGGCUUGUACAACUGACCUGAAGCCAGUGCCGCCAUUGGUUCAAGGAUCCGGUCUUUAAUACCUUAUUCAUAUAUUAUUUAGUUCUUUCAUCGUUGUCUCUAGAUUUCUCUAAUCUUUUGAAAAUCGAGGUUUAAAGGUUUCAAUUGGGUGAAUAUGUCUGGUGAAGAGGAAGAAAAUGCUGCAGAGCUUAAAAUUGGUGAUGAGUUUUUGAAGGCAAAGUGCUUGAUGAACUGUGAAGUUGCAUUAAUUCUUGAGCACAAGUAUGAGCAGCUUCAGCAGACUUCUGAAGAUCCUAUGAAUCAAGUUUCUCAGGUAUUUGAGAAAUCAUUGCAGUAUGUGAAGCGCUUCAGCCGCUAUAAAAAUCCUGAUGCUGUUAGACAAGUACGAGAAAUUCUAAGUAGAUAUCAGUUGGCUGAGUUUGAGCUGUGUGUCCUUGGAAAUCUUUGCCCUGAAACAGUUGAGGAAGCUAUUGCAAUGGUGCCUUCCAUUAAGGUGGCCUCCAGAGCCCUAGUAAUAUAUUUUUGCUUUAAUCAACCUGAUUUGAAACAGAGAGGACGGUCUCAGGAUGAUGAUGCGAUUGAGAAAAUGUUGAAUGACCUGUCGCUUAUCAAGAAAUUUGAAUAG